AGCGAGCGCUCCUGUUGAAUUUGCGCAACUCCAUUCCCAGACCCGAAGGAAAUGGAGGUAGAGGUGGCACAGCCACCUUUAAAGCAGGACCAUGUCCCAGCACCAGUGGAAGCAGGCGCAGUGACACAGCAGGAGCAGCGGCCCCCGCUCGCAGCCCAGCCGGACGCGUCAACCUCCGCGCCAGCCCAGCCGAUGCUGCUAAGACCUCGGUUGCCUUCACGUCGAUUUACGUUAGCGGAGCUGAUACAGCUUGGAGGCGGAUUUGCGGCCAAGGAGCAGCUCGACAUGUUGCAGAAUCGAUUGCGGCAAGGGGCGGUGCUAUUCCAGCCCACCAUCUGCAAGCCGCGUUCCACGACGCUGCGCGAGCUGGAGUACCUGGAGGAGAUGGGCAUCACCGUGCCGGACUGGCAGACGCUAAAGGCGCCCGCGCCAGUCAGCGUUAAGACUAAUCGUCCCAUCAACAUGCACAGCAAUCCCAUGCUGCGCGGCGCUGGGGGGCGCUCGAAGCCCUCCGCGCCGCCGCACCACGGCCACCAGCUGGGUGGCAGCGGCGGGCCGGCCGGCAAGCUGGCGGGCGGCGGCAUCAAGCUGCUGCGCGCAGUCAAGAGCAAGGCCAACGGCUCGGGGCGCACCUACACCUCCAGGUACCGCGGCGUGCACCAGACCUUCCCCACCAAGCGCUGGGAGGCGCAGUUCCGCCGCAACGGCAAGCCCACCUCGCUAGGCUGCUUUGACCACGAGGAGGAGGCGGCGCGCGCGUACGACAAGAUGAUGCUGUGGUGUGAGCUGCACAACGCGGCGGGCGUCAAGAGCGGCAUCACCAACUUCGACCCGCAGGAGUACGAGAAGGAGUUCGCCUGGCUGCAGUCCAUCACGCAGGACGAGCUGAUCGAGACGCUGCGCAGCGAGGGCCGCCGCCAGGCCGCGCACCGCAUGAUGCGGCAGAAGCGCGAGGGCCAAACCGACGCUAACAGCGACGACUACGAGGACAGCGAGGGCGGCGGCGACGGCCCCGGGGGCCGCGGCGGCGGCGGCCGCGGCGGGCGCAGCGGCAGCGCGGCGCCGUCUGCGCCGCCACCGCCGGCGGCGCCGCCGCAGAUCACGAACCUGCUGCAGCUGAAGCCGGAGCUGGGGUUGGGACUGGGGCUGCAGCCGGGGCCGGCGGCGGCGGCGCGGCGGAGCUGCUGCAGCAGCUGGGCGUACUAGGCGGCGGCGCGGCGGGGGCGGCGGCG